AUGACGGGCGCACUACAUCCAAGAAGCACAGAAAUUUCAUUUUUGCUUAACAAUGGUACCAGGAUGCCGGCAUUUGGCUUAGGUACCGCAAAUCCUCCUGAGAAGCUUGCUGAGACGAAGCAGGCUGUCAAGGCGGCUGUCAAGGCAGGUUACAGACAAAUAGAUACGGCGUGGGCGUAUGGCACAGAGCCUUUUGUUGGAGCCGCUAUUAAGGAGCUGAUUGAAGAAGGCGUCAUCAAAAGGGAGGAUCUUUUCAUAACAAGCAAGGUUUGGCCGGUUAUGUGGGAUGAAGCUGAGCGUUCUUUGCAGCAAACCUUGGCGAGCUUGGGUGUUGGCUACAUCGAUAUGUGGUUACAGCAUUGGCCACUUUGCUACAACAAGCAGAAGGACGAACAUGGUGUCUGUGGACUGGCAAGAAACCCGGAGAAGCCUGACGGAGAGCCAGAUUAUAACUUGGACGCUGAUUGGAUUGAAACGUACAAGCAAAUGGAAAAGAUUUAUCUCGAUCCAACGGACCACCGCGUAAAAGCAAUAGGUGUAUCCAACUUUCCUAUUGAAUACAUCCAGCGACUUUUCAAAGAGUGUAGGGUAAGACCGGCACUUAACCAAGUCGAAGCCCAUCCUCGCUUGCCUCAAUUGGAAAUGAUGAAAUUCUGUCAUGAGAAUGGCAUGUUGAUGACUGCAUAUUCACCAUUGGGUUCCCAUGGUGCACCAAAUAUUAAACUUCCACUAGUUCAGGAAUUAAGCAAAAAAUAUGAUUCAUCGCCAAACGAUAUUCUUACGUCAUAUCAUAUUAGACAAGGUAAUAUUGUUAUACCAAGGUCUUUGAAUCCAACAAGAAUUUCAUCCAACAUUCAAUUUGUUGCUUUAUCAGCUGAAGAUAUUAGCAGAUUAAACGAUAUUGGCGUACAAGAUCCAAAGAGAUAUGUGGACGAAAAAUGGAACGUUAUUGUUCCAGGAUUUACAGGUGCAGGGCCAGCGCUGUAG